CCUCCGCCACUGGAUAAAGGUUUGUCUUAUAAUUGGUGAGUGGAAGAGUGGGACCGACAUGUUCAUAGCUUUUUCAAAUAUGGUCAAAGCUUGCGACGACGAUUUGAAGAUGCAUCCAUCCCACGUAUCCCCACCACCACCUCCAUAUAACUAACUAACUAACUCAACUCCCUCCGUUACACUGACACACUCUCUCUCUCUCUGUAAUCACUACCAUUCUCCGAUGAAAUCACCUCAGCGCAGCUCUGAUGAUAUGGAAGCCGGCGGCGAUGUUCCCAAGUCCCGGAACCACUCUCGCCGCCGCGGCAGAGGUAUUUUUGUUGCGGUUGAUGCUUCUAUACGUUUUAAGUCUGCUAUGGGUUGCGAAAAGGAAAUUGAGCUCGGAUCUCAUGAUCAACCUACUGCAACGGAUGUUGCACUAUCUCAGUCAGAGGAACAACCAGUACAAGUUGAAAUUGAACUCCCAGCCUCGUAUCAAGAUGAAUUUGGUAUCAGAUUGGAGGAACUUGUUUCUAUAUCCCGAGAUGGUGGUCUAAGUGUUCUAAAGCGAUUUGAUGGGGUUAGCGGAUUAUCACCUCUGUUGCACACCGAUCUGGACAAGGGUAUCUGUGGUAGUCAUGAAGACAUACGGAGACGAAGGAACACAUUUGGAUCCAACGAAUAUCCUUUGAAGAAAGAAAGGAACUUUUGGAUGUUUCUCGGGGAAGCAAGCAGAAGUUUUACUUUGAUCGUGUUGGUUCUUGCUGCACUGGCUUCUCUGCUGCUGCAAAUAAAAACUAAGACUAUCAGUCAUGGAUGGUAUGACGAAGCUGGCAUCAUUGUUGCAGUUAUCCUUGUCAUCUUUGUGACAGCUAUCAGUAAUUACAACCAGUCUCUUCAGUUUGAAAAGUUGAAUGAUGAGAAGAGAAAUAUAUGUAUCGAGGUUACUAGAAAUGGAAGACUGGUCGAAGUUCCGAUUUAUGAUGUAGUUGUUGGCGAUAUUAUACCUCUUAAAAGUGGUGACCAGGUGCCUGCAGAUGGUGUCUUAGUUUCUGGGUACUCACUUCAGAUAGCCGAAUAUGAAAGCAUGGGAACUAACAGAACGGUUCACAAAGAUACAGAUAUAGACCCAAUUCUAAUAUCCGGAUCUAAAGUGGAAGAUGGCAUCGGUAGAAUGCUGGUUACUAGUGUCGGGAUGAACACCCAAUGGAGGAUGCCAGCUUGUAUCCCACUAUAUACUGGUGAAGAGACACCCUUGCAGGUGGGCCUGAACCGAGUUGUUACUGCGUUUGGCCUAAUCAGUAUCUCGGUUGCUUUGGUUGUUUUUCUUAUCGAGUCAUGCCUAUGCUUCAUGGGCCGAACCAAAAAUACAGAUGGUAGUCCGAUGUUUGAUGCUGGGAAAACUACGUCAGAUGAAAAAAUAGACAUGGUGAUUAAGUUUAUAAUUUUGGGGGUUACCAUGGUAGUCGUGGCCGUGCCUGAAGGUCUUCCGUUAGCUGUUACUUUGAACAUUGCCUAUAUGACGAGAAAACUUCUAGGAGAGAAGGUUUUGGUGCAAAAGCUCUCUGCCUGUGAAGCGAUGGGGUCUGCAACAAUGAUUGUAUGCCACAAGACCGGGAUUUUAACCUUAAAUCAGAUGGAGGUUGUUGAUGUUUGUGCCGGACGAGUAAGAACGCAGAAUUUGGCAGAGUUGUCUCCCCUUCUAAUCUCGUUGAUCACCGAAGGAAUUGCCCUGAACACGAAUGGGAGUGUAUAUCAUCCUGAGGGACAGUCUGAACCAGAGGUCUUUGGAUCAGCAACAGAACGUGCCAUUCUUAAUUUCGGUGUCAAGUUAGGAAUGAAUUUUGACGAAAUAAAGUCAAAAUCAACAAUUUUUAGCGUUUCACCUUUCAAUUCAAGGAGAAAACGUAGAGGUGUUGCAGUCCAAUUGCAUGAUUCUCAAGUCCGUGUUCAUUGGAAAGGCGCUGCCAAGACUAUUCUAGCUUCUUGCCAGUGGUACAUGGACAAGGACAACAUAGCAGCUAUGGACCAAGAAAGAAUAUUUCAUUUUGAAAAAAUCAUUGAUGAAAUGUCCAAAGAAGGAUUGCGCUGUGCUGCCCUUGCCUACCGAACUUUUACUGACGAAGCAUUCCCAGACAUACCUGAAAGCAACCUCGUGCUAUUGGCUAUCAUUGGUAUAAAGGAUUCUUGUCGGCCAGGCAUAAGUCAGGCAAUCCAACAAUGUCGUAAUGCUGGAGUAAAGGUGUGCAUGGUGACAGGCGACGACCUUCUGACUGCCAAAGCAAUAGCGAUGCAGUGCGGGAUACUGAGAGGAACCUUAGACGAGCCUGCGAAUACAGCAAUCUUAGCAAGUGAAUUUGCUUCGAUGUCAGAAGCAGACAGAGAAGAAAUUGCUGAAAAUAUUGUAGUGAUGGGUCGAUCUUCUCCUGAUGAAAACCUUCUUCUACUUGAAGCACUGAGAAAGAAGGGACACGUGGUUGCAGCAACUGGAAAGGGAAUCCGAGAUGCUCCGAGCCUGCGCCAGGCGAAUAUCAGUCUUGCAAUGGGCAUUGGGGGGACUGCAAUUGUUAAAGAAUGCUCUGAUAUCAUUAUAUUGGAGGACAAUUUUACUUCGAUUGUCAAGGUCAUCCAAUGGGGACGUUUUUUAUACACAAAUGCUCAAAGAUUUCUCCAGUUCCGGCUAACUGUCAACGCAUCAGCUCUAAUUAUAUGUGUUGUGGUGGCGGUCCAUUCUCACGAAAUUCCCCUAAAUGUUGCGGAGCUUCUGUGGAUUAAUCUUCUCAAUGAUACUUUUGGAGCAUGGGCCUUGGCGUCAGAACCACCAAUGGACAACUUAAUGCGAAGGCCUCCGGUUCGUAAAGGAGCACCCUUUAUAACCAAACUCAUGCGGGCGAAGUUUGUUGCACAGGUUUCUUUCCAAGUGAGUGCAUUGCUUUACCUAAACUUUCAUGGAGAGAGUAUACUAAAACUGGAGAACAAAAGUCUAGAUCAAGCUAACAAAGUCAAGAACACAGUUAUAUUCAAUUGCUUUGUCUUCUGCCAAGUAUUUAACGAGGUUGAAUGUCGAACUUCAUACCAAGGAAAUACAUUCAGCGGGAUCCUAAAGAACCAUUUGUUCCUUGGAACAAUUCUUGUAAAUGUUAUACUUCAGAUAAUCGUGAUAGAAUGCCUUGGCAUAUUCUUUUACACAGCCAGGCUUAAUUUGAAGCAGUGGCUGAUCUCGAUUGGAAUCGGUUUUUUCAGUCAAGUCAUUGGUCGUUUUCCUUUCCCAGCAUUUCCUUACCUCCGGAACGAAGAUCAUAUAUAAGACAUAAAAGGCUGAUAAAGAGCUGGACAUGCUGUUAUCGAAAGAGAUUGAAGGAGAAUAACUCGGAAGCUGACGUGGACAAGAGUGAAGAAUAAGAAGCUUAACGGUUCUACGUGGGAAGUCGUUAGGGACGUUAGAAGUUAGUUUGGUUCGAGUUGUAAUUCAAGCUAUAAAUAGUGGCCUUAGAGUUUAUAGAUCUUCGGCUUUGUAUUGUGAAAUUUGGGUCUUUGGUUUGUAAACAUUAAGAAGUGUUAUACGUAUUGAAUACAUUGUGCUAUAUCAUAGGCCUUAUAGUGUAAGUA